AUGGCUCCUAAAGCAAAGGUCCGGCGACCGGCCAAACGCGCGACACCAGCCGACCGUCGCCCAACCUCCCGCAGACAGACUCGUCGCGCCGACCGCGAGACACCCGUCGCAGCCAGCUACACUGGCAAUGCCCGAGAUACACAGAGACCCUGGACGCCGCUGCCGGACCCGUUCGAUGCCGAAACCUACUGGGCCUGGGGGCGGAAGCAUUACGGCGAAGACUGGUUCGAGCUGCGGGAGACAAUGCUGCGAGAAAGAAACUUCCUCAAACGCGACGUCAGAGAUGAUCACGUCUUCCUAGUACGCCAGGCCGAGCUACGGAAAAUGGAACGCGAGAGGGAGGAGGGCAAGCUUGUGCUGGACAAAGGCAAAACCUGGGAGGAGCUGUUGGCCUGGGCUCGGUGGCAUUAUGGCGAGGUCUGGUACGAAGACCAGCAAGCUCUCGCCCGCGACAAGCAGGCAGCUGAAGACGAGACGCUAGACCCGGCAGAGCGGGAGAAAAGGAGAAUAAAGGCCGACAAGCGCUCUGCACGUCUAUACUUUAUGCAGAUCGACAAGGAUGAGGCGGAGCUCACGCGAGGGAGGACCUGGGACGACAUUAUGGCAUGGCUUCCGACAGCCGAGCAGCGCACCGCUUUACAGGUCGAUAAGGAGGCAAGCCCUGCCGCCCUUCCCUCGCCAACCAGCAGCACGCGUAGCGACAGCAGCCGGAUCAGUACGUUCCCGCCCACCCCGACCGAUGCUCGUCGCCAGGCGCUAGACGGGCCACUGUUGAACACCCCGAGAGAGAAGCUUGUCUGGACGGCCAAGGCCGGCUGGGGAUACACAGAGUGGAGUGCGGUUCAUUCGCGCCUGACCGAGGCGGACUAUGCGCGACGAAAAUGGGAAGCAACAGAGUUCGCUCGGACGAGCAGGUCGCGGCGGGAGGAAGACGAGGCAUGCGAACGAGAGCAGCAGGAGCAAAAUGAACUUCGCAGAAACCGGGCUGGUGACGACUACUUUACGUUUUACGCAAAGUACGAGGAAAACGCGCGCAAGCGAGAGGAGGCGAUGAAGGCGCUCGAUCUCCGACACAAGGCCUGGAUGCAGGAGCAGAUCAACACGCCGCCGCAGAACCAGGAAGAGAUGGACCGGCGGUUCGACCGCUGGGAGAUCCAGGGGAUCUCGCGCCAGGAGGGAAACCGCCUCGCGCGAAUGUACGGGUUCCCAGAACGGCCGCGUUUCGUGUUUUCUGGCUACGUGCCCAACUUGGAAUGGCCACCACCGCGCCUGGAGGAAAGACUACACCUCCCGGUCCUCAGCCAUUCUGCGACUUGGGCAAACUCACCACCGAAAGACGAGGCAGAAAUGGAAGCUCGGUUCCGCUACUGGGAUGGCCGGCUCAGCCGCGCAGAGCAGGACGAGCUGGCUCGCAUGUACGGCUUUGGCGAGAGGCUGUCGGGCCACGAAGGAGACGGCGAGACUCGCGAGCAGAAGCAACAACGGACCUCGCCGCGUGUCGACGACGCCUCCCGCAGAACUCUCGGUGGCCGAGUCGCCAAGACGACUGGACAAGGACGGAAAGGCGCCCGAUCCGGCACCACCAGAAAGACACAAGCGGCACCCUCGAGUCGCAAGAGGCCGGACAAGACAGACACGACAGUUCGGGCCAGCCGGAGACUCGCUGGCCUGUUGCCCGAGUAUGGCAUGCUCCCGGAACGACGCGAGGCGCGGCCGCUCCACAACACCUCCAUGCCACCAGCUGCGAACACAGCACCGACGAAAGGUUUGGGUCCUCGGGCUCGUGCGAAGCCUCAGGGGACCGCAAAGGUCAGGAAGCAAAGGGGCGCAGGGGCAGGCAAAGGCAAGGGCCGCAAGAGUUGA